AUGUCCGUACACUAUGGGCAUAAAGAUGUUUUGGAAUACUUCGAAACUCCAGAAGGCACAUAUAAGUUAAAGUCAGUUCUAUCGCCAAAAUGCCUCCCUGGGAUUUCUGCUUCUGGUCGUUUGUCCUCAGUUCGUCUAUCCUUUUGUGAUAGCAGAAGCGUUUGUUGCAUUAAUUCAGGUCGAGAUAUAUGUAUUUACCCUAUUCCUGGUUGUCGGCUAUACGACUCUCACACUCCUGGUAAACAAACCUUCAAAACAUCCGCCCCUGUUUGUCAUGAUUUUGGCGUUUCUUCUCUCCUUCUUAUGGGCUUUGCGGGAGGUGAAAUUCACUUGAUUGAUCCAUUCCAAAAAGAGCUUUGUAAGGUCUUCAAUGAAGAGAAAUAUAUUGAGCGUUCUCCUGUAACUUGUAUACGUUGGGUUCCCUAUUCAACAAAUCAAUUUCUUGUUGCUCAUUCGAGUGGCCACAUGUAUUUAUAUAAUGAUGAUCUCUCCUGUUGCCCAACACCUCCAGUCUACCAAUUGUUUAAAAAGGAUACCAGUUACGUUGUCUUCACCUGCAAGACAAAGUCUACCUGCAACCCUCUUUAUAACUGGGCUCUUACAAAUGUCCUUACUGAUGCUUCACACUCAAAAAUAUUUGAUGACUGUGAUAUUUCUACCGCUCCCUUGCCCUCCAUUAAUCAAUUCGCCUUUUCCACUUGUGGAAAAUAUCUUGCAGUUGUUACCGAGGAUGGGUAUCUGCGAGUGUUUGAUUAUCACCGUAUGCAACUCUAUGGCUUUAUGCGAUCGUACUUUGGUGGGCUGACCUGCGUGGAUUGGUCGCCAGAUGGAAAGUAUGUCGUGGUAGGUGGUCAAGAUGAUCUUAUCACGAUUUGGUCCUUUGCUGCGCAAGCGGUGAUCUGUCGGGGACAGGGUCACAAGUCGUGGACCAGCGUGGUACGUUUCGAUCCCUUUGUCUACCCACCCUCCCUCUCCAAUGGUGGUGGCAGUGCUUCAAACGACCUUGCUACCAGCACGUCCAACCCGGCAGCAAAUGCUCAGUUGGGGAGUGGUUUGCAGACUGGAAAUACUACUUCUGCAGCCUCUGUGCUGAAUCCCAACUCGAAUGGAGAUUCCCAUAGCCUUCAUCCUCAUCAGCUUAACCAACAUUCCGAGUCUGAUCCAUCCUUCCGCACUUAUCGUAUGGGAUCAGUGGGUCAAGAUACGUUCCUCUGUCUCUGGGAACUCUCAGAAGAUAACAUUCGCCAGGGUCUCCGUUUCUCCUCUCACUACCACCACUCCACUGGUGGGGCGACAUUCAGCGGUCGUCAUCCUUCAGGAGCCCUUUCCAUCAUCUCCACUGCUUCCGCUGCGACCUGUUCCGGAGUCACUGAUGGAGCCCUUAUCGAUGGGAGUAGCAGUCUGGAGAAGAGCCGAAUUGUCUCGCGAAGCAGUGCGGGGAGUAGUUCAACUAGCAAGAAGAAGGCUUUCUUGAGUAGCUUUCGAUCAUCCUUGCCGCGCUCCUCUAGACACCAGUUUGAAAACAGCGAAUUUUCACUGAAAUCAUCGGUGCUCUCGGAGAGUGGUUGUAUGUCCUUGCCCAGAGAUGGGGUGAAUGCCAAUCAUCAGCUUUCCAUCUCGUGUCGGGAGUGA